AUGGUACGAAACAGUCUUGUUUCGUUAUUCAAUCAUUGUUCCCAUAUGGCAACAUUUUUGAUUAAUGGUACAACGAAAAACAAGCCACGUCUCGAUUGUGAUGGAUAUUCUUACAUCAUGGAUCGAUCGACAAAUGAUAAAACCUAUUGGCGGUGUAUAAAGUAUUCUUCAGAUUGCUGUCGCUCUCGCCUUCAUACCUGUAUUUUAACUAAUACUAUUGUAAAACCACCGAGUGAGCAUAUUUGCAAAGUUGAUGGUACAACACUCCAACUUAGAAUGUUCAAUGAACAUGUUGCACAUCGUGCUGUCAAUACUCAAGAAACACCUGACAUCAUCGUCACAAACUGCUAUAAAGGUAUGUUCGAUCCAUCGAUUGCUCGUUUACCAGUGCGUGAUAAUAUUAAGCGUCGAAUAAGAAUGUUGCGGCAGAAUAAUCGAGUGGUGAAAGAACCGAACGAUCCAAACUUCUCUUCGGUUCCUCUCUCAUUAACGAAAACCAUACGAAACGAUCAAUUUCUUCGCUGUGAUACAGGACCAGGGGAAGACAGAAUCUUAAUGUUCGCUAGUGACGAACAAGCCGAUAAUUUGCAAGAUACGGAAGAAUUUCUCGUCGAUGGAACAUUUAAAAUCGUUCCUGAGAUAUUUUAUCAGCUACAUAUCAUUCAUGGUGUCUUUCGUGAUCAUGUAGUACCAUUAAUUUACGCUUUAUUACGUCAAAAAAAUACGGAAACAUAUCAACGUCUUAUCAAUGAAAUACUCAAGAUUGCUCCUCGGUGGUCUCCACGUUCUAUUAUGAUAAACUUUGAGCAGGCUUCCAUUGGUGCUUUUCAAGCAGCAUUUCCUAAUGUUUCAGUAUCGGGAUGUUAUUUCCAUUUAAGAAAAAGUCUUCAUAGAAAAAUUCAGGCGAUAAGAAACUUAAAAUGGCUCAAUGAUCUAGUGUCUUAA